CAAGUCGACAAUCAGAUGACAACAAUAUUCUGAAAGUUUGGUUAUGAUAGAUGAACAUAAAUCUAGCAGCCAUGAAAACGUGGCAAUUGAAAAAUGCAGUGCCAUGCAAUUUUAGAUUCUAAUUCUCCAUCCAUGCAGCAUUAUUGAGGUUAAGCAUCUUUAUCCUGAGUUUUUAGCUCCAUCUGCUCUUCUAUUAUUGCCGUAUAAUUCUUUUUUCUACAUUUCAUAUCCUGAGUCCUGACUAGACAUACUUUCUUUCCCCAGUUGCACCUACAACCUAGCUUGCACUCCCUUUAUAACCUUCCAGUUUCCAUCCAUAUACACAUCCCACCUCCAAACUCAACUCCUCUCCUCAUCUGGCUCUGGCCUAAUUUUUUAUCUAAUCAGAAAAUUCGAAUUAAACAAGCUCAGCUACACCGCAGUGGACUGUCAGGGUUGGAAGAACUUCUAUUACUUCAUUGGAGAAUGAACGGAAAAAAGGGCAGUGUUGAGAUCAACAUUCCACCAGCUACUAAAGCCAAACUGCCAGAAGAUAGCAACAAAUAUGGCUUCCCGGGCUUUUCCUGCAAAGCUUGGAUAUGGAAUGUUUGGGAAUUUUGCAAAGAAGAUAGUAACAGAGUAACAUUCUCAUUCAAAGUGGGACUAGCUGUUUUACUAGUUUCCUUGCUUAUACUACUACAAGGACCUUAUGAAAUUUUUGGCACCAAUAUCAUUUGGUCCAUCCUCACUGUUGCCAUCAUGUUUGAAUACACAGUUGGGGCAACAUUUAAUCGAGGAUUCAACCGAGCACUUGGAAGCUUGCUUGCAGGAAUCAUAGCUAUUGCAGUUGCUCAGUUAGCUCUACGUGCUGGCCGGGUUGCUGAGCCUAUAAUAAUUGGAAUUAGCAUCUUCUUUAUCGGGGCUAUUACAUCAUUCAUGAAACUAUGGCCAUCAUUUCUUCCUUAUGAACAUGGUUUCCGGGUCAUACUUUUCACCUAUUGCCUGAUAAUAGUCUCUGGAUAUCGAAUGGGGAAUCCAAUUAGAACUUCCAUGGAUAGGCUGUACUCUAUUGCCAUUGGAGGUUUUGUGGCAGUCUUUGUGAACGUGAUUGUUUUCCCUAUAUGGGCUGGGGAGCAAUUGCACAAAGAGCUAGUCAACAGCUUUAACUCACUGGCUGACGCUCUUGAAGAAUGUGUGAAGAAAUAUUUAGAAGAUGAAGGAGUAGAUCAUCCAGAAUUCUCCAAGACAGUCAUGGAUGAGUUCCCAGACGAACCUGCCUACAGAAAAUGCCGGAACGCAUUGAACUCUUCUGCCAAAUUAGAGUCCUUGGCUAAUGCAGCAAAAUGGGAGCCACCACAUGGAAGGUUCCAACAGUUCUUCUAUCCAUGGUCAGAGUAUGUUAAAGUUGGAGCAGUUCUUCGAUACUGUGCUUAUGAGGUUAUAGCACUCCAUGGAGUUCUUCACUCUGAGAUUCAGGCACCUUACAACCUCCGAAUCACAUUCCAGUCAGAGAUUCAAGAUGCAACAAACCAGGCAGCAGAGCUGGUGAGGAGCUUGGGCAAAGACAUUUGCAAAAUGAAGCGAAGCCUUAAAACCUCCCUGUUAAAGAGGGUUCACAGCUCAACCGAGCGACUCCAACGUGCCAUCGACAUGCAUUCAUACCUACUCACCGCCCAUUGUGAUAACUCUUCCAAGCCACUUCCAAAGCUUUCUCAUUCUCUAUCAUCAACCCCGUAUGACCUCCCAGACCAGUUGGAUGAUCUUGACAGCACAAGCCUUGAAAAGAGCUCUAAUCAACUAACACAAAACAUGCAGUCAGGGACUCUCCUGCCCGCACAAACAGAGUCCUACCAUGAGACGAUGAGGAAACAAUCACGAAGGUUGCAUUCUUGGCCAUCUAGAGAAGUGGAUGCUUUCGAAGAAGAAGGAGCUUUUGGCACGGACUUUUUGCCUAGGAUGAGAGCACUCGAGAGCACUGCAGCAUUAUCACUUGCCACUUUUACUUCCUUGAUGAUUGAAUUUGUAGUUAGGCUUGAUCACCUGGUAGAAGCAGUUGAUGAACUUUCAAGGAUGGCAAAGUUCAAGCAUGAGGGUCUAUAGAGGGGGAAUCUACACAUGCAUACAUAACUUGAUGUUGUAAUACCAGUACUACCAUACAAGAAUAUACCAUUACAAACAGGGAGAGUAAAGAGGGAUUCUAAAAGAUGUUGUAAUAACCCAAAAAUAAAGUUAAUUUUUCCCUUUCAUCAUAACGUCUUUUUAGUUGGUUGAAAUAUAAAGAAACUGGAACCCAUAAAAGGGAAUUUCACACUGCUUUCACUUUCAAGAAUCUGUACAGAUGCUUUGAGCAAAGUCCUCUAAAAUUUAGAGAUGGGUAACAAACAAUUUUCAAGACUGGUCUUAAAUAAUAGUAGGUGAAACAAGUUUUUCCCUGUAUUCCAGUGGAGGAGAGGGCCAAUCGUCUGGUUGCUGGGUUUAAGAAAUGGCAGUGGUUUUUCUUUUAGUAUUUAGAA